AUGUUUCCAGAGUUCAAGGGUAAGUUUAAACAGCACCUUGUGCUGAGUCUGCUUUUUGUGGUUUCUGUACCUUGGGCUCUACCGGAGGGGAACACCAGCGUUUAUAUUACCGGCACAGGUGGAACACUGGCUUUGGACAACGUUUCUUUACAAUUUCAACAGGAUCCCUUAGAGGACGAGUUGUAUUUUACGCGUGAGAUUAUCAGAUUGCGGGAUGGCAUGUUCCCAUUUCUUGAUCUUUUCGCGGUGACACCCAUAGUUUUGCUGGUCGAUUCAACAGAUCCGAGGGCAGUAGAUUUGGAGAAGACGUUCAUGCAAGAAUACGAGGUGUCUCCUCCACUCACGGUUGUGAAUUUAAAUAGCUACCCGGAGUCUCGAGAGUUGCGCCUCUUUUUACAAUUGUACUAUACACAGGAUAUCAUGGACAGGUCCCUCGCGUACCUCUUUAUCAACAACCAUCCCUCUGUUGGAUUUGUAAUGUUUGAGUCGUACCUUUCCCUCGCUCAAUUUCGAAAGUUGAGAAAGGCAAAGGGGGUUUAUUCUGAGGGGAGGGUUGUUAUCAACAAGAUAGCGCUACCGUCCAAUUUCUGA